AUGGGUUCUUUCGAAAUAAUCUCCAUUUUCCUUCUUGUCCUACUUUUCCCAUCAUUUCACCCCAAAGGUGGAGCUUCAGCAUCUGCUGAAGAGGCUGCUGCACUUCUGAAAUGGAAAGCCAGAUGUCAGAACCAGAACAAUAGCUUGCUAACUUCAUGGAACCUUCAAUCCAUCAAUGCUAGCAACUCUUCCAACCUUCCAUGCACUUGGGCUGGUAUUUCUUGCAUUAAUGGAAGUGUUAACAGGUUGAAUCUCUCAGCAUGGGGUAUUAAAGGUAGCCUUUAUGACUUCCCAUUUUUGUCCCUCCCAAAUCUUGAAUAUCUUGAUCUCAGCCUGAACCAGUUCUUUGGCAGCAUACCUCAUCAAAUAGGUAACCUGUCGAAGCUCAUUUAUCUUGAUUUCUCAGUUAAUGAGUUGUCACAAGAAAUCCCACCAGAAAUUUGCAACCUAAGAAACUUGAUUCAUUUAGCUCUUGUGCGUAAUCAACUUUCAGGUCCAAUUCCUCCAGAAAUAGGAACUAUGUAUUAUAUUGUUGACAUUUAUUUGGAGUUUAACAAUUUAACAGGUUCAAUUCCAGCCUCUUUUGGUAACCUCAAUAGGCUAGUUAACUUAUACCUUUUCCAAAAUCACCUAUCUGGUCUCAUUCCUCAUGCCAUUGGAAACUUGAUUUCACUUCAGUCUCUUGACUUGUCUCAAAAUUAUCUUACCGGUUCAAUCCCCGAGUCACUAGGCAAUUUAACCAAUUUGAUUCAUUUGUAUCUCUUUGAUAACCGACUCUCUGGUUCAAUUCCAAAGAAUUUAGGUGAUCUUAAAUUCCUUACGCACAUGGAAUUAGGUGAGAACCAACUUAGUGGUUCCAUUCCUGUUUCAAUUGGUAACUUGAGUAACUUGGAAAAAUUAUAUCUUCUAAAAAACCAAUUUUCUGGUACCAUCCCACAAGAGCUUGGAAACCUGAAAAAGUUGUUAGUUUUGGAAUUGGAUCAAAAUCAGUUAUCUGGUCCAUUGCCAGAACAACUAUGUCAAAAUGGAACCCUCCAAAACAUUACUGUAUCUGAGAACAUGCUUACAGGUCCAAUCCCCGGAAGCUUGAAAAAUUGCUCAAGCUUGAUUAGGACCCGUUUCAAUGGGAACCAAUUCCACGGUAACUUGUCAGAAAUGUUUGGCAUCUAUCCCUUUUUGGAUUUCAUAGACCUCAGCAACAACGAAUUCUAUGGGGAACUCUCCAGCAGCUGGGGAAAAUGCAAAAUCUUGAGAACCCUGAUGGUUGCAAAGAACAAUAUCACAGGUGGUAUACCUCCAGAACUUGGAAAUUUAACUCAACUACAUACACUUGAUCUUUCUUCAAACUUUUUAUCUGGGGAGAUACCAAGGGCAGUGGGGAAGUUGGCCUCUAUGCUCGAACUAGAUUUACAUGACAACCAACUCACUGGCAGUAUACCUCAGGAAUUGGGAGCACUGACAGGACUUCUUUAUCUAGACCUGUCCACAAACUCCUUCAAUGGAUCUUUUCCAGAACAUUUGGGAGAUUUGAGGAACUUGUUUCACAUGAACUUGAGCAACAACGUAUUAAGCCAAAAGAUUGCAUUCCAGAUUGGGAAGUUGACCCAACUUUCUGAAUUGGAUUUGAGUCGAAAUUUCUUCACAGGAGAGAUACCAUCUGAGUUCCAAAGUUUGCAGAGCCUAGGAACAUUGGAUCUCUCACACAAUAACCUCUCUGGUUUAAUCCCAAAGGCUUUAACCAAAUUGCCGGGUUCAUUGCACAUCAAUAUUUCAUUCAAUAAUUUAGAGGGUCCAAUUCCGAGUGGUGGAGCCUUUGUGAAUUUAACCAUAGAGGAAGUACAAGGAAAUAAAGGUUUGUGCGGGAAUAUUUCAGGGUUACAGGCUUGUGAAAGUUCCCCGUUGAUUAAAAAGCAUAUUGCAUGA